AUGUAUUCACGGUAUUUUAAAGCAUUUUCUGUCAUUUUGCUUAAUAACAUUUUUUUCUUUUCCACUGUCCACCUAAAUUCAUCAGCCGACCACGUAGGCAUCUAUGGUUCAAGUGUCUAUCAGUCUUUUGGAGAAAACGGCCAGUACACGUUUGAGUUUGAUGGUGAUGAGCUGUUCUAUGUGGACUUGGCUAAGAAGCAGACUGUCUGGAGGAUUCCUGAGUUUGGACAGCUGACAAGCUUUGACCCUCAAGGUGGACUGCAAGAGAUAUCUACAGUCAAAUACAACUUGGACAUCAUGAUAAAGAGGUCCAACUCUACCGCAGCUACCAACAAGGUUCCUGAGGUGGCCGUGUUCCCCAAGUCCCCUGUGCUGCUGGGUCAGCCCAACAUCCUCCUCUGCUUUGUGGACAACAUCUUCCCUCCUGUGGUCAACAUCACGUGGUUGAGAAACAGCAAGUCAGUCACAGACGGCACUUAUGAGACCAGCUUCCUCACCAAGCGUGACUAUUCCUUCCAAAAGAUCUCUUACCUCACCUUCAUCCCCUCUGACGAUGACGUUUAUGACUGCAAGGUGGAGCACUGGGGCCUGGAUGAGCCGGUUCUGAAACACUGGGAACCCGAGAUUCCGGCCCCAAUGUCAGAGCUGACGGAGACUGUGGUUUGCGCCCUGGGCUUGUCUGUGGGCCUCGUGGGCAUCGUGGUGGGCACCAUCUUCAUCAUCCAAGGCCUGCGGUCAGGUGGCACCUCCAGACACCCAGGGCCCUUGUGAGUCACCCUGGAGAGGAAGGUGUGUGGCUCUCCAGGGAAGAGGUGGUGUGUUGCAUGGCCUGGCACAGUGUGUUUUCUGGCCCAAGUCUUCAUCUUCUUUGUCUUCCCCACA